GCUUCUCCUUCUACUACUCCUUCUUCUUCUUCUUCUCCUUCUCCUUGUACCAUAUAACACCCCAUCGCAGCGCCAGCCCAUAUCAAUCGUAGCCUGCACCUCUCCAGCCUUCUGCCACCGCCACCAGAGCCGCAGAGCUAUCUUCACCAGGUACUAUAGCAUGGUCUACGGCCGAGGGCAGGCAUGGCGAGCUGCCUGGCGACAAUCGCAACACCGAGCCUAUACCACUGCACGCGCACCAUGUAGGGCAUGUCUGGCGCAACUGUCAGUGCGGCCAUCAGCACUGUCAGCGCAACGGAGCAUACCAUCUUUCGCACCACGAGCGUUGCUAGCAGCGUCACGCGACUUUUCAACAACGCCCGGCCGGCGGAAAGAGAAGCCUCCUCCUGCAGAUGAUGAUGCCAAGGACGAUGCGAAGGUGGAUGUCAGCGAAGCGGAUGAGCACGAAGCAAAGAGCAAGUCGGAGCCGACGCCUUCGCCUAUACCGGUGGACGGCAAAGCUGCAGGCGCAGGUGCUGGCGGCAGUGGCGAGUCGGGAUCAGGCAAUGGUGAUGGAGGCGGCAGCAAGAAGCGAAAGGGCCCUAGCAGAGAGCUCACCAAAACGGUGGCGCCAGAGGUGUAUCCUCAAGUGCUGGCCAUUCCCAUCGCUCAACUGCCACUGUUUCCGGGAUUCUACAAAGCUGUCACGAUACGAGACCCCAAUGUCGUUGCAGCGGUUCAGGAGCUGCUGAAGCGUGGACAGAGCUACGUCGGAGCUUUCUUGUUGAAGGACCAGGAGAGCAGCCAGGAUGUGAUCAAUGAUGCGAGCGAAGUGUAUGAUGUGGGCACUUUUUGCCAGAUCACAGGUGCAUUUCCCGCCGGCCAUGGCGACGAGAAGUCUCUGCAGGCUGUGCUGUAUCCGCAUCGAAGGAUCAAGUUGAGCGAGCUGAUUAAGCCCAAUCGAGGCCCACCAGCUGCACCGGAAGCUGAGAAGGUUGCACAGGCCACGCUGGAGGAAGUCUCUCAGAGCGAGCAAGGCGAACAGCCCGAGACGGACGAGAAGCAAGGCGGCGUAGUUGCAAGCUUCGAAGAGUCUUCAGCCGAGAAGAAGGAAGAAGAAAAGGCUCUCUUCCAACCGACGGAUUUCCUGCGAUCGUGGCCUGUGAGCCUAGUCAAGGUCGACAAUCUGGCGGAUGAGCCAUUCGACAAACGAUCGCCCACUGUCCGAGCCUUGAUCUCCGAGAUCGUCAACACUUGCAAGGAGAUCAGCCACGUGAAUGCUCUAUUCCGGGACCAAGUCUCUGCCUUCGCCAUGUCGCAGUCCGCCACCAAUAUCUCCGAAGAGCCUGCAAGACUGGCAGAUUUCGCUGCCACAGUCUCACGAGGCGAGAUGGAAGAGACGCAGGCAGUUCUGGAGGCAUUGAACAUCGAGCAGCGUCUCAGCAAAGCACUCGAACUCAUCAAGAAGGAGCAAAUGAAUGCGAAAUUGAGCAGCAAGAUCUCCAAGGAUGUGGAGAGUAAGAUACAGAAGCGUCAACGAGAAUACUGGCUCAUGGAACAGAUGAAGGGCAUCCGACGAGAACUCGGGCUCGAGAGCGAUGGCAAGGACAAGCUGGUGGAGAAGUUCAAAGAGAAGGCCAAUAAGCUGGCGAUGCCAGAGCCGGUCAAGAAGGUCUUCGACGAAGAACUAGCCAAGCUUGCACAUCUGGAGCCUGCCGCGAGCGAGUUCAACGUGACGAGAAACUAUCUGGACUGGCUGACACAGAUUCCCUGGGGUCAGCGCAGCGCCGAGAACUUUGGCAUUCAGCACGCACGGGAUGUGCUGGACGAAGAUCACCACGGACUUAAAGAUGUCAAGGAUCGCAUCCUCGAGUUUAUCGCGGUCGGCAAGCUGCGAGGCACUGUUGAGGGCAAGAUCUUGUGCAUGGUAGGACCACCGGGUGUCGGGAAGACGAGUAUCGGGAAAUCUAUCGCUCGUGCGCUGAAUAGACAGUAUUACCGUUUCAGUGUCGGCGGGUUGACAGAUGUUGCUGAGAUCAAAGGACACCGAAGGACAUACGUUGGUGCUCUGCCUGGUCGAAUCAUUCAAGCACUCAAAAAGUGUCAGACUGAGAACCCUCUGAUACUCAUAGAUGAAGUGGACAAGAUCGGCCGUGGGCACCAAGGCGAUCCGUCUAGUGCACUGCUUGAACUACUGGACCCAGAACAAAACAAUUCGUUCUUGGACCACUACAUGGACGUGCCUGUGGAUCUGUCCAAGGUGCUAUUUGUCUGCACAGCCAACAUGCUCGACACCAUUCCUCGACCGUUGCUGGACAGAAUGGAGAUCAUUGAGCUUUCUGGCUACGUCUCGGACGAGAAGAUGGCUAUUGCAGAGCGAUACCUCGCACCACAAGCAAAAGAGCUUAGUGGCCUGAAAGAAGUCGAUGUCAAUUUGGAUAAGGAGGCUCUAUUAGAGCUGAUUAACAAGUACUGCCGCGAGUCUGGUGUGCGUAAUUUGAAGAAGCAGAUUGAGAAGGUCUAUCGCAAGUCCGCAUUGAAGAUCAUCCAGGAUCUUGGCGAAGAAGUGUUCACGGAAGAGGCGGCACUUACAGACGAAGGCAAGGCUGCUGCAGAGGAGUCUAAGAAGGACGAAAGUGACCCCAAGGAUACUCCGGAAAAUAUCGCAAAAGAAACCACAGAGAAACCUCGUGUGGCACUGAAGGUUCCGGACUCUGUUCAUGUCACGAUUGGCAAGGACAAUCUCAAGGACUACGUUGGUCCGCCCGUCUUCACAUCUGAUCGCCUGUACGACACCACCCCGCCAGGUGUAGCAAUGGGUCUCGCCUGGACACAAAUGGGAGGAGCAGCGCUCUACGUAGAAUCUAUCAUCGAGAACGCUCUCACCUACAACUCCCGACCAGGUCUGGAACGGACAGGCAAUCUGAAGGCAGUCAUGAAGGAGUCUACACAAAUUGCAUACUCCUUCGCGAAGGGUCUCAUGGCCAAGCAGUUCCCAGACAACAAGUUCUUUGAGAAGGCGCGGAUACAUUUGCAUUGUCCCGAAGGUGCUGUACAAAAGGAUGGCCCUUCAGCUGGCAUAACAAUGGCGACAUCUCUGCUCUCACUGGCACUGGACAAACCACUGGACCCCACAAUUGCGAUGACCGGAGAGCUAACAGUAACCGGCAAAGUCCUUCGCAUCGGAGGGCUUCGAGAGAAGACUGUUGCAGCAAGGCGAGCAGGCUCGAGAAUGAUCCUCUUUCCACGCGAUAACUUGAGUGAUUGGCUCGAGCUCCCUGAGAAUAUCAAAGAAGGCAUCGAAGGCAAGCCCGUGGACUGGUAUUCUGAUGUCUACAAGCUCGUAUUCUCCGACGUCGACCCCGAAGCAGCAAACCAGCUCUGGAAGAAAGAACUGGCAAAACCACCCAAGGAAGAAAGGGACAACGAUGAUGAUUAGGAAUCUCAUCUCGAUAACCCUUGCCGAAAAAUGCAUUAUUGCUACAGAAUCUCGAAUGCCCAUUCGUCUUCUUUCGCUUCUUCCUCUGUGCAUCUCGCAAGUACGGCAUGAAGAAAAAAAGAAACAUUGCCUCGCCGUGCUGCUUACGGUGGACGCGGCGGUGGAUGGAUGGAUGUAUGUAUAUAUGAACCUCCACCGCAACCGUCACGCUGGACGCUAUUACGGCCGAUCGAUCGUGCGUGCGGAGGUUGUUACUCCGCUCUUGUAUAUACAGUGCUCUGAAGUCGGGUUGGGUCGGAUAUGGUCGCACUGGCCCUCACGCGCAGGGACAAUAGAGGGAGUCACGGAGGGAUGAAAGCUGGAUGCUUUUAGAUACCUAGGUACCUUAUCUCGCAGUCAACAGCGUAGCUCUAGAGAUCAAGACAGCAAAUAUGGAUUUGUACAAAGAGAUAUAAUUUUUCAUGGCAUGAUUAUUAUUUUC